AUGGAUUCAUAUUCAGGUCAGUUCUUGGGGUACAUUGUUGACCAAAGAGAAAUUGAAGCAAAUCCAGUAAAGAUCGUUGCCUUGUUGGAGAUGAGGUCACCUCAGAAGUCGAAGGAGGUCCAAAGCCUCAGUGGUCAGAUAGCUGCACUCAGUCGCUUCAUCUCCAAAGCUACAGAUAAUAGUUUACCCUUCUUCAGCGUGCUUAAGCAAGGAAAAAAGUUCCAAUGGACUUCUGAGUGCGAGGAAGCCUUCCAAGCGCUGAAAAUGCACCUCGGAGAGGCGUCCUUUUUGUCAAAACCUCAACCAGAAGAGUCUCUGCUGCUGUAUUUGGUGGUUUCGGACGUGGCAGUCAGCGCUAUCCUAGUCAGAGAAGAAAAUGAUCACCAGUUGCCAGUAUACUACGACAGCAAAGUACUCCUCCCAACUGAAACACGCUACCCAGACAUGGAGAAACUGGCGCUUGCCCUCAUCACAGCCUCAAGAAAACUGAGCAAGUUCGACCUACUGUCCCAACCUCGACAUGCCAUCAAGGGUCAGGCCCUUGCAGAUUUUGUGGUUGAAUUUACCAAAACCCCGGAAAUGGAGGCAAUAAUGGAACCAGUUGAGCCCCCAACAUGGAAACUGUUCGUAGAUGGAUCCUCAAGAGAGGCGGGCUCUGGGGCAGGAAUUAUCUUGGAAAGCCCGGAGGGUCACAAGCUAAAUUCCGCGUUUAAAAGGUUCGAACUGAUUCAAGUCCCACGCCCAGAGAAUAAACAUGCAGACGCCCUUUCAAAAUUGGCCGCCAGUAAAGAUUCUGAGCUAUUAAAGGUCGUCCCUAUUGAACACUUAUCGAAGCCCUCGAUUUCCGGAGGUGAAGAGGUACUAUGGAUAGAAGGCACCCCAUUAUGGAUGCCGCCCAUCAUCACCUAUCUAAAGAAUCAAACACAACCUGCUUCUAGAAGCGAGGUUAGUGGAAGCUUUGCGGCAAAAAACAGCAGCAUGGUUGUAUACUUAAAAUUGGUUCUGGACCUCGUCCCUCAGUUUAAAAGGUUCGAACUGAUUCAAGUCCCACGCCCAGAGAAUAAACAUGCAGACGCCCUUUCAAAAUUGGCCGCCAGUAAAGAUUCUGAGCUAUUAAAGGUCGUCCCUAUUGAACACUUAUUGAAGCCCUCCAUUUCCGGAGGUGAAGAGGUACUAUUGAUAGAAAGCACCCCAUUAUGGAUGCCGCCCAUCAUCGCCUAUCUAAAGAAUCAAACACUACCUGCUUCUAGAAGCGAGGCGAGGAAGUUAAGAAGAAGGGCUGCGCACUUCGUCCUGCAAAAGGAUAUGCUGUACAAAAGACGCUUCGCCUCACUACUUCUCCGAUGUGUGAGAGGCGAAGAGGCCACAUAUAUACUUAGGAAAAUCCAUGAGGAAAUCACUCCGGAGGAACGGCCCUGGCACACAAGGUUUUUCGUCAAGGCUAUUUAUGGCCGACCCUGA